AUGGGCCCCUGUACCGCCUCCUCAUGCUGCUGCCAGGCCCCUAAUCUGCCAUGGGCCCCUAUACCGCCUCCUCAUGCUGCUGCCAGGUCCAGAGUCUCUCAUGGGUCCCUGUACGGCCUCCCAUUGCUGCUGUCUCCAUCGCCACACUCUGCCAUGUGCCACUUUCAGGUCUCCUCACACUGCUGGUGUGUUCCAUUUUUUGUCAUAGGGUGCUGGCAGAUUACGGGCCUCCCAUAGCUGCUGCCAGGCCCUAAUCUGCCAUGGGCCCCUGUACUCCUCUGCUACCGCCUCCUCAUGCUGCUGCCCUGUAGGUCCAGUCUCAUGCCAUGUGCCACUUUCAGGUCUCCUCACAGCUGGUGUGUUCAUUUUGACAUAGGGUGCUGGCAGAUUACGGGCCUCCCAUAGCUGCUGCCAG